AAAAAAAACGAGCGGAGGCCCCGAUCACUCCGAUACGGCCGGGCAGUCCGACUCGUGGACCCACCCACACCGUGCGUGCACGGGGCUCCGAGUCGCCAAAGGCCACCGUUAGCCUGUUAUAUAUAGUAUAAGUACGUAGCUAGGAUCGAUCAUACUACUUUCAAACACGACAGGCGAAGAGCCUCCUACUCGAUCGAUAGAACCCGCGCCUGCAAACUCCCAUAAGAAGCAGCGUAGGAUCCAUCGACCAUGAACCGUUUGUGGUGCUCCCUCUCCCAAAUCCUCCGCCGUUGCAGAGCGCCGGCGGCCGCCCCGCAGCGCCUGCUUCACUGGUGUUCUUCCGCCUCCCGCGUCACGCCUGCUCUACUCCGUCACCCAGCGUCGACUGUACUUCGUCGGCAGCUCCGUUGGUACCACGACCCUCGGAAGGUCGCCAUGGCGACGGCGAUCGGCUUGAGUGCCACGGUGAUGGCCACAUGCGACCGCGAGGUCGUGCCCUGCACCAACCGCUCCCACCUGGUCGUCCUAUCUCCCCAGAAGGAGCGCGACCUCGGCGAGUCCCUAUUCGACGAGGAGAUGGCCAAGCACAGGCAUAAGACGGUCGACCCAUGCCAUCCGGAUAGCGUCCGCGUCCGUCUCAUCGCCGAGAGAAUCAUCCACGCCGCCAACCGUGGCCUGGGCGUCUACGACAGCCGUGACGCCCCCAUGCUCCGUGUCACUCAGAAAGGAAACAAGCCGUGGGCACCGCAGCCACACACGAGGCACCUCCAUGGCCUCAACGGCAGCUGGGAGCUGGUCCUGGCCAGGCAUGAAAACGCCACUGUAGGCUCCGCGCCCGGUGGCAAGAUUAUAGUCUUCACCGGACUGCUGGACUGGUAUAAGAACGACGGCGAAAUCGCCUUCGCUCUUGCACAUGAGGUUGGGCACCUGAUUGCAAGGCACCAGGCGGAUAUCAUGAGUAGGCUGUGGUUGCCUGCAAUCCUACGUCGGAGCUUCUUACAUCGUAUGGAGAUAGAGGCAGAUCGCAUUGGAACCUUACUACUUGGUGCUGCUGGUUUCCAUCCACGCAAUGCCCUUGCAUUCAUUGGGAAGGCAACCGAGAUUGUAGGAGAUCAUACUCUACGGAAAGAGAUCCUAGAAGCUGAUCAUCCUCACCCCAAGAGAAGAUUGUGGCAUUUAUCAGACGCCAAUACAUUGGAGGAAGCGCUGGAACUGUACAGAGAAGCUACUGCCAUGGAUAAAGUAACUCAAAAAUAUUUCGUCAACCCUACAAUGUAAAGUUAUACCGUUCAGGGUGAA